GCCCUGCGGGAGAUGCCGGCUGCGCAGGCGGAGGAGCUGGCGCGGGCGCUGGUGAGCGUGGGCAUGGCCCCGGAGCACGACUACGCCGGGGACAUCUUUGCCCUCGCCAUGGUGAGCGGGGGCACGGCCCCAUCCCCGUCCCCCUGCCCGCAGCGAGGCCGGGGGCCGCAGCAGGACGCCAGGGCCCCCUGCCCGGCCCCCGGGAGCCUGGCCCGUCUCGUCUCUCCUGCCCAGCAGAGACAGUCCAGCCACGUCUUCCGGAGCUGGGACGUGCUGCGCACGGUGACGGCCGAGAUGCGGGCGCUGGUGGUGGACUGGCUGGUCCAGGUGCACGAGUACCUGGGCCUGGCGGACGAGACGCUCUACCUGGCCGUGCACCUGAUGAACGCCUACAUGGCCGUGGCGCGGGUGCGCGUGGCCACGCUGCAGCUCCUCGGCCUCGCCUGCCUCUUCGUCGCCUGCAAGGUGGAGGAGAGCGCGCUGCCCCAGGUACCCGCCCGGACGCCCGGGUCCCGCGGAGGCGCGGGGGGGGACGCGGCACCCACGGCGGCCUGUCGCCCGCAGCCGGCCGAGCUCUGCUUCCUGACGGCGGGCGCCUUCAGCCGCCGGGAGCUGCUGCGCAUGGAGCGGAAGCUGCUGGGGCACCUGCGCUUCAAGCUGCACUACACCAGCCCGCUGCUGCUGCUCCGGCUCCUGGCCGCCCUGGGCCGCUGCGGCCCCGAGGUGUCCCAGCUGGCCGCCUACUUCUUGGAGCUGUCGCUGCUGGAGGCCGAGUGCGUGGGCUUCGAGCCGGCGCUGCUGGCCGCCGCCGCCCUGUGCCUGGCGCAGCGGGUGCUGCAGGAGGAAGAGGGGCCGCGGGGCGCCCCGCCGGCCCCCCCGGCCCUGGAGGAGGAGGUGAGCGCCGUGCACCCGGCCCUGGCCCGCGCCGCCCUCCGCGCCGGCACCGCCAGCCCCCGCGCCGUCUUCCGCAAGUUCGCCCGGCCGCGCCGGCUGGGCGCCAGCGCCCGCCCGGCCAUCGCCCGCUCGGCCUACCUGGCCCGCGCCGCCGCGCCCUGA